UAUGCAGUGAGGAAUAGGGCCUAGAAAUAUCAUUUACCGAGUAGACAUCAGAAUUAACUUUAAGAAUACGUCACAAGUAGUAAAUGACUGGACAAGGCUGCCUGCCGUCUGCCUACCGAAGCUCUGAACAGUAUUAACCCAUACUCAAGUCCCGAACCAGCAACCCUUCUCCACAUUAACCGGAAUCAAAGUUAGACGGGUUCGCCUAUUGAAAUGCUCUCCGAUAUUAAUGAGUAAUAUCCUCCGAGACCGAAAAUUAAGCUGCGUUUUCUGUUGGGCGUGGGCGAGACGGCAGUGGUUUACGGAAUAGCAGGCGAUCGCCAUGGUUGAGACCAUAACUACCCUAUUACCUGUCCCCUUCUAACUUCGAUUCUGGCUCUAGAUCCAGUGCUGUCCCGGAAUCAACAACUCGAGAAGCAUGAUCAAGAUGCAGCUUAACAUUUUCGCCGCUGCUUUAGGGCUGUUUGCGCCUGCGAGCGCACUGCUUCGAUUCGGCUGCUCGGGUUUGACCGUCCAGCGCCUAGAUCCCUUGGUCAACCCAGGCAUGAAUCCAUCUGCUCAUCUCCACCAGAUUAUUGGAGGCGAUUCUUUCAAUGCAUCGAUGCCUCCUGAGACGCAUGAUCUUGCCGCGCUUUCGACAUGUACCACUUGCCAAUUCACAGAAGAUCUCUCCAACUACUGGACCGCUGUCAUCUUCUACCGUGGCAAGAAUGGCACUUUCAAGAGGGUCCCGCAGAUGGCCCAGGCAGGCAUGGAAGGCACUCAGGGCGGCAUGGUUGUUUACUACAUGACUGAUGCCCUAUUCGACACUGCUCAAAAGUCUACUGUCACGGCUUUUAAGCCUGGCUUCCGCAUGCUUGUUGGCGACUCAACUUUCCGUGACCGCGAGGAAGCCAGGAAGUGGCGCCAGUUAACUUACAUCUGUAUGGAGAAUCAGGGUACCCGUGCUCCGGAGAGCAUCGGUUUCCCUACGAAGCCUUGUCCUGGGGGUAUAAUGGCAAAUCAUCGCUUCCCUACUUGCUGGGACGGCAAGAACUUAGAUUCUCCUAACCACCAAGACCAUGUAGCGUACCCUGAGAGUGGUACUUUCGAAUCGGGUGGCCCGUGUCCUUCUACGCAUCCGGUCAGGCUUCCUCAAAUACUUCUCGAGACAGUCUGGGACACCAGGGCUUUCAACGACCCAGCAGACUUUGCCGACGGCAAGCAGCCCUUCGUCUGGUCGACAGGCGACGCCACUGGCUAUAGCAGUCAUGCCGACUACAUGUUUGGCUGGAAAGAUGAUUCCCUCCAAAAGGCCAUGGAUGGACACACGUACGUCUCUGCUCCGAUGCUUAAGACACAAAGUAUUUCCCAGCAGAACAAAUGCAAAGUUCCCGAUAUGGUAGGAGAAGAUAUCGAUAGCUGGUUGACCAACCUACCUGGUGCAAAUCCUGUCGUGUAGGAAACGAUUCUCAGGAUAGCCACGGGGUACGGGGUACGGGAUACGGGCUACGGACAGCUUUGCGCGUCACCCACCUACCAAUUAAUUCAAUUAAUGUUCUUAUCAAUCUACUAAAUUCUCGAAUCUUUUUUUUUUUGGUCGACUUAUCAAUUAUGACGCGCUCUUAAGGUUGCUUAGCUUGAUGUAUUCCAAUUGGAAAAUGCCCGUAUGUAUGUAAGUACCUGCGCACGUACCUCGAGGAACAAUGCAGACUGAUUAUGUAAAAU